AUGUCAAACUCAGCGAUUGCGAAGCCAUUGACGCUGGAAUGCGGUCUCACUCUGCCGAACCGCCUCACAAAGGCUGCGAUGGCCGAGAACAUGGCCGACAGCGAAGGCUUGCCGUCCCCGGCGUUCCAUGCACCCUAUGCCGAAUGGGCUGAUGGCGGUUGGGGACUCGUCUUGACUGGCAACGUGGAAGUCGACCAAAGGUAUCUUGGCUCACCCAAGGACAUUGCCUAUAACGAUUCAAUCCCAUACGAGCGGCAGCUGGAGGCUUGGAAGGCCUGGGCCAAGGUCUGUAACAAAAACGGUACGCCAACCAUCGUGCAGAUCAACCACCCCGGCCGCCAGUCUCCUGUUGGCGCCGGCAAGCGGGGCUUCAUGGAGAAAGCAAUUGCACCCAGUGCCAUACCUUUGAAUUUUGGACAAGGUCUUCUGGCGCGUCUCAUUAGCUCCUUGGUCUUUGGCACGCCACGCGAAAUGACUGUUACUGAUAUCAGAGACGUCGUCCGUCGCUUUGCGCAGACGGCCAAGCUGGCAUCAGACGCCGGGUUCGCCGGCAUGGAGAUUCAUGGGGCCCACGGCUACUUGUUGGCUCAGUUCAUGUCCGAAAAGAGCAACAAGCGAACCGAUGAGUACGGCGGUUCCCCGGCCGCUCGCGUCAAGAUUAUUGUUGAAAUCAUCCGCGCCGUCCGUGAAGCAGUACCAAAGACCUUCUGUGUCGGCAUCAAAUUUAACUCAGUAGACCACCAAUCCCAAUCCGAGCUCGAUGCCUGCAUUGAACAGCUGAAGUUGAUUACUGACGCUGGGGUUGACUUUUUGGAGGUCAGCGGCGGGACAUAUGAAGACCCUCUGAUGGCUACUGGUAUUGCCGACGAAAAGAAGUCGGACCGCACAAAGGCUCGCGAAGCUUUUUUCCUUGAAUUCGCCCGAGCGAUCCGCCGCGACUUCCCCGAUGUGCCCCUGAUGGUCACUGGUGGCUUCCGCACUCGUCAAGGGAUGGAGGCAGCCCUUGAGAACAGAGGCUGCGAUCUCAUCGGUCUGGGCAGGCCAGCAGUGUUAAACCCGGCGCUGCCGAAGAAUACCAUCCUCGCAGCCACUGUCAAGGACGAGGACGCCAAGUUAUACGUGCGCAAGAUUGAGGCGCCUUGGUUCACUAAGAAGUUUGGACUCAAGGCAAUUGGGGAGGGCGCUGCGACGGCCUGGUACGGUGCUGAAAUUCAGAAACUUGGAAAGGCAAAAUGA